GAAACGGGGAGAGAAGGGGGAGAGGGGGCUGCCGGAGCAGCGGCCCUGCAGCUGCCGGCACUUCUCCUGCUGCCCCGGUGUUUUUCCAGUUACUGCAGCCGCUGCUUGAAGAGAACGGGAGCCGGCAGCAGGGUGGAGAGCUGAACAGCAUAAGGGACUGCUAUAUUUGAGGCUGUCAGGAGGAUGGGAGAGAGAGACUGAGAGUCAGGGCGAGGGAGAGACGGUGCCACAGCAGCGAUUACUGAAAAGGAGUCCUAACACUUUUUGAUUCAGUUCUACUCCUGAGCAUCAUCAGAUUUCAAACAUACAAGAACAAUUUUCUGGAGAUCAUCUCUUAUUUGAAGGACAACAUCUGGAUAGCCAGUAGGAGAGCUGAGGCUAAGCUUUAAUGAAGAAGCAUCAACACUGCUAACAGUUGCACAAAGAGGGACCGAAGACCUUUGUGACCAAUGAUGUGGUUGUCAUGGAAACUGUUUCUGUUUCUGUCACUCACUGGGAGUCUUUCAGAGUAUUCAGAAGCUGUUCCUGGUAUCCCCACUUCAUAUGCUGCUAUUCUCAGAAUCAAAUCUGGUAGUUCAUCUUUAGCCUCAUUUAACUCAAAGAACAGACCACGAUUAAGCAGUCCUUCAUUAGGAAGUGUAUCUUCACCAGGCUGGAGGGGAGCUGCACAACAUUAUCACUCCCCAACAAACCUUUACCACUUUUCAGAGGCCUUCAAACAUGAUGAAAGUGUUGAUUACGGGCCAGUGUUUGUACAAGAGCCAGAUGAUGUGAUUUUUCCUACUGAUUCUGAAGAGAAGAAAGUGUCUCUGAAUUGUCAAGCUCAUGGAAAUCCUAUCCCCACAUACAGGUGGCUUCGAAAUGGAACUGAAAUCAACAUUGAAAGUGAUUAUCGCUACAGUUUAAUAGAAGGAAGUUUGAUAAUUAGCAACCCCAGUGAAAUGAAGGAUUCUGGACAGUAUCAAUGUUUAACCACCAACAUGUUUGGUAGUAUAUUAAGCAGGGAGGCUGUUCUUCAAUUUGCAUAUCUGGGGAAUUUUAGUGGUCGGACAAGAAGUGCUGUCUCUGUACGUGAAGGUCAAGGAGUUGUUCUGAUGUGCUCCCCUCCACUUCAUUCACCAGAGAUCAUCUAUAGCUGGGUAUUUAAUGAAUUCCCAUCUUUUGUGGCAGAAGAUAGCAGACGCUUCAUCUCUCAGGAGACAGGCAAUCUCUACAUCUCCAAGGUGCAAACAUCUGAUGUUGGCAGUUAUAUAUGUCUGGUAAAAAACACAGUGACAAAUGCGAGAGUUUUGAGUCCUCCUACACCUCUGACACUGAGAAAUGAUGGUGUGAUGGGGGAAUAUGAACCAAAAAUUGAAGUCCAUUUUCCUUACACAGUUACAGCAGCAAAGGGAACUACUGUUAAGAUGGAGUGUUUUGCACUUGGCAACCCUGUUCCAACAAUCUCUUGGAGGAAAGUUAAUGGUCACAAUCCAAGUAAAGCCCGCCUGAGAAAGUCCCAAGCUGUGCUUGAAAUACCUAAUGUGCAGCUAGAGGAUGCAGGGAUGUAUGAAUGUAAAGCUGAAAACUCACGUGGAAGGAAUGUCUUCAGAGGACAACUUCAAGUGUACACCUACCCACAUUGGGUGGAGAAACUUAACGAUACUCAAUUAGACAGUGGGGAUCCACUCCGAUGGGAAUGUAAAGCCACUGGAAAGCCAAGGCCCACAUAUCGUUGGCUGAAAAAUGGAAUUCCACUCUGGCCACAGAGCAGGAUUGAGAUGGUUAAUGGUGUACUGAUGAUCAAUAGUGUGAAUGUCUCAGAUGCUGGAAUGUAUCAGUGCUUAGCAGAAAAUAAGUAUGGUACCAUUUAUGCCAGUGCUGAGCUGAAGAUUUUAGCUUCAGCUCCCACUUUCCCACUAAAUCAAAUGAGGAAAACAAUAAUUAUUACCAAGGGCCAAGAAGUUGUCAUUGAGUGCAAGCCACAAGCCUCUCCAAAGCCAACUAUCACUUGGAAGAAAGGAGAUAAAGCUUUAAGGGAGAGUAAGAGGGUAACUAUUCUUCCACAUGGGAGCCUGCGAAUCCUGAAUGCUUCUAAGUCUGAUGAAGGACGGUAUUUAUGCCAAGGUGUAAAUGUAUUUGGGUCUGCAGAAAUCAUUGCAUCAGUAUCUGUUAAAGAACCAACAAGAAUAGAGCUGACUCCCAAGAAGAUAGAGUUAACAGUUGGAGAAAGCAUUGUCCUCAGUUGCAAAGCCCUUCAUGACAGCACACUAGAUGUCACUUUCUAUUGGACACUUAAUGGGCAGCCAAUUGACUUUGAUAAAGAAGGUGGACACUUUGAAAGCAUCAAGGCACAAGCGUCCUCUGCAGAUCUGAUGAUCAGGAACAUCCUCCUGAUGCACGCUGGGAGAUACGGCUGCAGGGUCCAGACCGCAGCAGACACAGUGUCAGAUGAGACGGAGCUGCUUGUUAGGGGUCCUCCUGGUCCCCCAGGGGUUGUAAUAGUGGAGGAAAUUACAGACACCACAGCAACACUCUCCUGGAGCCCUGGAGUAGACAAUCACAGCCCGAUCUCCCUCUACAACUUGCAAGCACGCAGUCCAUUUUCUCUUGGCUGGCAGACAGUAAAAACAGUUCCUGAUGUGAUAAGUGGAGACAUGGAAUCUGCUAUGGCUGUUGAACUGAACCCUUGGGUGGAGUAUGAAUUUAGAGUUGUAGCAACCAACAAAAUUGGCACUGGAGAUCCAAGUGCACCAUCCCGCAUGAUCAGAACCAAUGAAGCAGUUCCAAAGACACCUCCAGCUAAUGUAAGUGGCAGAAGUGGAAGACGACAUGAAUUAGUAAUAGCAUGGGAGCCAGUAUCAGAGGAGUUUCAGAAUGGAGAAGGAUUUGGAUAUAUUGUAGCCUUCAGACCCAAUGGAACACGUGGUUGGAAGGAAAAAAUGGUGACAUCUUCAGAUGCCUCAAAGUUCAUUUAUAGAGAUGAAAGUGUGCCACCUCUGACUCCUUUUGAGGUGAAAGUUGGUGUUUACAAUAACAAAGGAGAUGGUCCCUUCAGCCCUAUCGUUGUCAUCUGCUCAGCUGAAGGAGAACCCACUGCUGCUCCUAUUGAUGUCAAAGCUACGAGUUUGUCUGUAUCAGAGAUUCUUGUUGCGUGGAAACAUAUUAAAGAAAGUCUAGGAAGACCACAGGGAUUUGAGGUUGGUUACUGGAAGGACAUGGAGCAGGAAGAAGCAGCAGAAAAGGUCAAAUCUGAGGGAAAUGAAUCAUCUGUCCUCCUGACAGGGUUAGAAGGAAAUACAUUAUAUCACCUAACCGUGAGGGCCUACAAUGCUGCUGGGUAUGGACCACCUAGCACUGCUGUGCAUGUAACAACCAAGAAAUCACCUCCCAGUCAAGCACCAAGUAAUAUUAUGUGGAUACAGGAUGGUUCUCAAGUUUCUCUUGGGUGGGAGCCAGUUAGACCUCUGGCAAAUGAAUCUGAUGUAAUGGGAUACAAGGUAUUAUUUAGGCAAGAAGGACAAAGCAACAGUCAAGUUAUAGAAACACAGAAAACGUCUGCAGUGAUACUUCUUCCUGAUGUUGGUGUCUACAUUAUUGAGGUCUGUGCGGUCAGUGAAGGAGGUGAUGGGACCACUAGUCCCCAGAUCAGAGUUCCAUCUUUUGCAGGCGGGAAAGUAACGAGUGCUCAAACCACCUUACAUGUGUUCUCUACUUCCUCGUCCUCCGUAACAUUGCUUUUGGCACUGAUGGUUCCUUCAACUUCAUGGUGAAGACUGCAGAUUUUGUUGUUGUUAUUUGUUUGCUUUAACUUGAUGACACCAAGGAAUGGAGUUUUAUGUCCAUGGAUCAACAGGAAAGGCAAGCUAAUGCUUAAAGACCCAUAGAAAUACCUGUGGUGCGCUUAGAGAAAUGUUGAAGACAGUAAAAAAUUCAUCAGGUUUUUUUUUCUCUUCAGUUUUUGUAAAAAUCCUCUGGGGAGGGGACUCUUCUUGGCCCAAAAAUAUGCAGAUUGUAUGUAAAAAACUUUUGUAAGCAAACGUAAUUUCUGUCAAAUGUACUUUACUUUUUUAAUAUGUUCAAUUUUGGUAACCCCAGUCAUGUAUCAUUAGGUGUUUAAACAGUGGUGUCUAGUACAGUACAUCUGUUUGGGUUAGAAAAAAAAAAAUAAACUUUUUUAACUAGAGAACAAAGUUUGAUACAGCUUUGUCUAAGAUUUCUUGCAUCCCCUACAACUGGCUGUUCCUCUUGACAAGACAGCAAUACAGAAAAAAUAUAAUUAAAAUAUGUAUCCCAUUGCAAGAGUACAAAGAAAUUAUUCUUAAAAUAUAUAAUAUAUAUUAAAUUAGAAAAAACAAUAUCAAUAAAAUACUAGACAGCACAAUUAAAAAGUGACAAAAUGGAGGAGAAAAUAAGCCAUUUAUUUUAUUUCUAGGUAACCUGAUCAUAAUUAAACACAAAAUUUAAAGGAAACAAAUACCAUUGUUUUUCAUCAAAUGUUGCAUGAUUUAAUGUCAAAAGAUUCAAACAUUUACUUUCAAUAGGAAAUAAAAAGUAUAUUCCUAAUGCAUAUGACAAUUAAAUCUCCACUGGGCAUUUAAACAUGAGAAGGCUGCUAAGUGGACAAAUAAAGCAAUGCAAGAAGAUAAACUUACUUUUUCCAAGCACUUCUCAGUUGUAACCUUUUUUUUUCCACUGGGUCCAUUUUUAAGUAAGAUUCUAUACUUUGUAUAAUUGGAAAGACAGUUAAAGCAUAUAUGAGAGCAUAUAACAGAGAGAACAUUUACAAUUUUUGAAAUGUAGUCAUUCACACAUACAGACUCCUGUAGGAUAGGUUUUGGAGAAUGGUGUGUCUGAAAAAUGGUUGAAAAAUGAACAUCAUUCCAAUUAUUUAGUUACCUGGAUCUAUUUCUAUAGCUCACUAGAUAGAUUUAUUCUUGUAGGGACUAUAUGUUAUCAGUUUUAAUCCCUGCUUUUUGCUGUACCAAACAAAUUUUCACUCAAUAUACAACUUUUCUACAUCUGAAGAUGUUUCCAUAUACUGGAAACCUGAACCAAAAUGAUCUCCAUUGUAUAUGGUGUGCGUGUUUGUACAUUUAUGGAGUGUGUGGUGUUAUGAAGGACGGUGUAUUACUACCAUGUGUCUAGGUAUUGUGCCUAGGAUGAACACUCCUUGUCUGGGAAAAAUCAAGU